AUGAACACCAAAUUUUUAACACCACUCUUACCGCUCUUGUUUCUAUCCCGACAUGUUCUCUCCCUACCAUCCAAUUCUGACUCUUGGCACUUACUACCUCCCAUUCCACUCGGCCCUCAGCAGGAAGAGAGCGUUGCUGCGAUCGGCGGCGACAUUUAUAUUGUCGGCGGCAUCAACCUUGUCCCUCCCAACGCCACAACCAUACCCUCUGUGAGCUACAUGCAAGUCUACUCAACAACCACCAACACUUGGCGCCGGGUCGCCGACAUCCCCAUGGCUGUCAACCACGCCAACAUGGCUUCCCUCAACGGGAAGCUCUACGUCCUCGGCGCCAUCGCCGGCUCCGGCGUUAACUACCCCAUCGCCAACAGCUUCGCCUACACCCCAGCCACAGACACAUGGGAUGCCCUGCCCCCCAUGCCCGCAGGCACCGAGCGCGGCGCCGCGGGGGUGGGCGUCUGGGGUGACAACAUCGUCAUCGCGGGUGGGCUGAACUACACCGACUUCCUCAACGGGGCGCAGACGACGGUGCCGUGGACGUCCAUGUUCAACACUCGCACGCUGCAGUGGGAUACGGCAUUCCCCGACCUGCCCGACGGAGGCCGCGACCACUGCGGAGGGGUCGUGCUUGGCGACACGUUCUACGUGGUGGGCGGACGCGUCAGCGGCGAAAGAAACGUCCGCGGGACGGUGUGGGCUAUGGACCUGGGAAACGCGACCCGGACGUGGGUGGAGAUGGAGGGUAAGAUGCCCACGCCGAGGGGAUCACACUCCACGGCGUUGGUUGACGGCAAAAUUUAUACCUUUGGGGGAGAGGGGAAUCCGGUCGGGAACGGCAUAUUUAAUAACGUCGAGGUUUACGAUGUAAAGGCUGAUAGCUGGGAGGUUCUGGCGCCCAUGCCAGAACCGCGCCACGGCACUGCCGCUGCUGUUGUAGACGGUCGUGUAUAUAUACCUGGGGGGGCCUACAAAGGGGGAGCAGGUGCCGUAGACUCAAACCAGAUGUUUAUUCCUUAA